AUGCCAAACAAGUGUUGUGUGCCAAGGUGCACCAGUAACUACAAAACAGGGAAGAAGGAGCAAGUGUUCUCUUUUCCGAAAGACGACGACACUUUGAAGAAAUGGAUUCGUGCUAUUCCCAGGAAGGACUUCUUACCAACUUCAUACACCAAGGUGCUCAGCCGUUUACGAACGUUUUCCACAUUUGUGCAGGUGUGCGCGGUUCACUUCGACCCGUCGUGCAUCGAGCGGACCACAUCGUACACGGAUCCGAGGACAGGAAAAGUACUUGAGGCGGCAUUGCCAGUGCCUCGCUUGCGUCCUGGAUCUGUACCGAAAAUAUUUCCCGCCUGUCCUUCGUAUCUUUCGAAGCCCGUAACCAACACGAGAGAUGCGCCCGAUACCAAAAAGAGCCGACAAGAAGCAUCCCAACUCGCUCGUGCUCUUGAAGAAUCAGCGGCGUCCUUUGAAGUGGAACAGGAGAGACACCGCUUUUCGACGCUCGAAGAACUAAAGGCGUGCCUGCAAGUAGCAUCGGUGUCGGUGAAGUGGACUGUUAUACAUCAAGAAAAGUGCACAAUGUUUUUGAACAUAGUCGACGAGUGUGAACCUUGGCUGAAGGCAUCUUUGACAGUGUUUGAGAACCUUGAAGUCUCUGCCUGCUAUCAAGGAGCACCGGUCAAGAGGUUUGCAAGCAGUGUUGUACCAGACUCAGUGCGUGACGUAAGUUCCUUGCUGAAUAUUUUGGACAACCAGUGUAUGCUUUCGGAUGAAGGUUGCAGCUUUCGUCACUUGCUGGGUGCGGUAACUGCCCUUCUAGACAAACUGGAAGGAAGCGUUAGUGAAGGCAAGAAAGAGGCCGUGAAAUUUUUGAAGGAGCAGCUGCUGCUGCUUUGCAAAGGAUGCAUUCGUUACAGCACUCAGGUGAUGGUAUUUGCAUGUAUUCUGUACACAAUAUCACCACACGCCUAUAAGUUUUUGAGGAAGACAAGUACGCUCACUUUGCCUCAUCCAAGCACGAUCAGAAGUGUAUGUUCGUCUUUUCAAAUGUGCCCAGAAAUCCAGUCCUCAGAUUUCACUUUCCUGCAGUAUAUUGCACAGAGGUUCAAGCAUCUAGAACCUCAUGAACACACUGUGACAUUGAUGCUGGAUGAAAUUCAUAUCAAGCCUUGUCUUGAUUAUAAAGGUGGAAACAUAUGUGGCACUGCAGUCAAUUCCAACGAGGCAGCAACGUCGGUACACGUUUUCAUGAUACAAAGUCUAUUAAGCUCGUUCAAGGAAGUGGCGCACAUUCUUCCAGUAAAAACCCUACAUGGCGAUGAGCUUCACACCAUCCUGAAGAAGGUUAUCUUGCGCUUAGAGGAAAUCGGGUACAGAGUUGUGGCAAUCGUCUGUGACAAUAAUGCACUCAACAGGAAAGCAAUGAAAGCGUUUUUGCAAAAGCCGAAACUCAGCCCUGUUUAUCCACACCCAGCAGACCCAUCUCGACCACUGUAUUACGUGGUAGAUGCUGUGCAUCUCCUUAAGUGCAUUAGAAACAACUGGAUUAACCAGAAAAACUCAGGGACGUGCUUUUUCUACCCAUGCUUUGAGCUUUCAGACAACAACGUUCGUCCUGAGUGCAAGAUGACUGCAUCAUUUAAGCACUUGAGAGAUUUGCAUAAAGAGGAGUCGGGUCAACUGCUGAAGUCUGGUUAUGGUUUGACAUCAAAAGCGCUUAAUCCUAGCAGCUUGGAGCGCCAGAAUGUUAAACUGGUACUGCAGGUUUUUAAUCCACAUGUAGCCGAAGCCCUGGCAACCCGUAGUGGUGAAGUUGAUUUUCAGCAUGCUAAAGCAACAGCAGACUUCAUCAAAAUCAUUCUACGUUGGUGGAGUAUUGUCAACGUGAAGACACCAAAGAAAGGCUUCCACCAUCGUAAUGUUUAUGAAGAGCCGAUGGCAUGCCUUACUGAUGACCCAAAACUAGCCUUUCUUAGUUCAUUGAUCACAUGGCUCGACGUUUGGGAAUUAUACGGGCAUGACACUGGUGUGCUCACCCCGGAAACGUUGAGCGCCCUGAGGCUGUCUGCUCAGUCUCUUUUGGCGCUGGCAAAGUAUUGCAUAGAUGAGCUUCACUUCAACUACAUUCUGUUAGGAAAAGUCCAGACGGAUCCUCUAGAGAGUCGUUUUGGACAGUACAGACAAAUGGCUGGUGGACAGUACCAUAUAUCUGUUCGGCAGCUGUGUGAAACAGAGGGCAGGAUUCGCCUUCAAAGUGCUCUACCAAUGAUGAGUGCCAAUGACCUCAAGGGCAUUGAAGACACAAACACUGUCAAAGGUGUGGGCAGCUCCCUUUGCAUUCCUGUUAAUGAUGUUGACCUUGAUGAACUGAGAGCACGAAUGCCAGUCAUUGCCUAUGUCGGUGGGUAUUGUGCCCAUGCUGCUUUAAAAGUUCUGAAGUGCGAAAGCUGCCGAGAGCACCUAGUUUUUAAUGGACAUGACGCCGACCCCGAAGAAGACACUCAUUCGCUAAUCAAGCAGUUAGACCGAGGUGGUCUUAAGUUUCCCUCAGCCCUAGUAAUUUCAGUGGUCAUGCACACGGAGGUUGUGGUAAAAAAGCUUGUCGCACAAAACAGCUGCACACAGUUUUUCCAUGGGUCCAACCAAAGGAAUGUUGUUAGAGAACUGACACUACGCUCUCUGUCAAGGCUUGAAGACAUUUCGACGUGUGAGAACGGGCACAACUAUGAGCUGCUUGUCGGGCUGGUUGCGAACUGUGCAGCAAACAUAGUCCUGAAUAAUUUGUGCAAACAAAGAAAUGAUCUUCUGCGUGCAGAAAAAGAUACAAAUGCAAAGAAGAGGAAGGCUGAAAUCUUUCUCAAAAAAUGAUUUCUUGUAUUCUUGGGUGGUAGUGGUGGUGGUACAUUGUACUCUAAUAAUUGCGUUUUGUGCAAUUUUCGCACAGAUAUUGUAUGAUAUGAUGUGUCUGUUCGUUAUGAUUUUCUAACAUGUUUCUGUCUGGGGCAGUGUAAUACAUGUAAUAUCUGUCUGUGUUACCUUUUAUGGUCUAUUGUGUACAAGUUAUUUGGUGAUCUGUUUUGUCUGUUGUGAUUAUUUUGCAUACUUUGCCUUUACAGUGCUCUGUUUUGUGCCAUUCAAUUGAUGCCCGGUGUCUAAUAUGAUAAAUAAAUAUGUAUUAUCUG